UUGUCGCCAAUUUCCCCUCCCCCUCCCCCCUCCCAGCCAAGAUGUCUGACAUGGAGGAUGAUUUCAUGUGCGAUGAUGAGGAGGACUACGACUUGGAAUACUCUGAAGAUAGUAACUCUGAGCCAAAUGUGGAUUUGGAAAAUCAGUACUAUAAUUCCAAAGCAUUAAAAGAAGAUGACCCAAAAGCAGCACUAAGCAGUUUUCAAAAGGUUUUGGAACUUGAAGGUGAAAAAGGAGAAUGGGGAUUCAAAGCACUGAAACAAAUGAUUAAGAUUAACUUCAAGUUGACAAACUUUCCAGAAAUGAUGAACAGAUAUAAGCAACUAUUGACCUAUAUUCGGAGUGCAGUCACAAGAAAUUAUUCUGAAAAAUCCAUUAAUUCUAUUCUUGAUUAUAUCUCUACUUCUAAACAGAAUUCUGAUUUUUUAUGUCAGAUGGAUUUACUGCAGGAAUUCUAUGAAACAACACUGGAAGCUUUGAAAGAUGCUAAGAAUGACAGACUGUGGUUUAAGACAAAUACAAAGCUGGGGAAGUUAUAUUUAGAACGAGAGGAAUAUGGAAAACUUCAAAAAAUUUUACGCCAGUUACAUCAGUCCUGCCAGACUGAUGAUGGUGAAGAUGACCUGAAAAAAGGCACACAGUUAUUAGAAAUAUAUGCUUUGGAAAUUCAAAUGUACACAGCACAGAAAAAUAACAAAAAACUUAAAGCACUCUAUGAACAGUCACUUCACAUCAAGUCUGCCAUCCCUCAUCCACUGAUCAUGGGAGUCAUCAGAGAAUGUGGUGGUAAAAUGCACUUGAGAGAAGGUGAAUUUGAAAAGGCACACACUGAUUUUUUUGAAGCCUUCAAGAAUUAUGAUGAAUCAGGAAGUCCAAGACGAACCACUUGCUUAAAAUACUUGGUUUUAGCAAAUAUGCUAAUGAAAUCGGGAAUAAACCCAUUUGAUUCACAGGAGGCCAAACCUUACAAAAAUGAUCCAGAAAUUCUAGCAAUGACGAAUUUAGUAAGUGCCUAUCAGAAUAAUGACAUCACUGAAUUUGAAAAGAUUCUUAAAACCAAUCAUAGCAACAUCAUGGAUGAUCCUUUCAUAAGGGAACACAUUGAAGAGCUUUUGAGAAACAUCAGAACACAAGUGCUUAUAAAAUUAAUUAAGCCUUACACAAGAAUACAUAUUCCUUUUAUUUCUAAGGAGUUAAACAUAGAUGUAGCUGAUGUGGAGAGCUUGCUGGUACAGUGCAUAUUGGAUAACACUAUUCAUGGCCGAAUUGAUCAAGUCAACCAACUCCUUGAAUUGGAUCAUCAGAAGAGGGGUGGUGCCCGAUAUACUGCACUAGAUAAAUGGACCAACCAACUAAAUUCUCUCAACCAGGCUGUAGUCAGCAAACUGGCUUAACAGAGAACAAGCUUUUACAUACGUACUUAAGGCAACAGUGCAGAGAUGUAAUCCUUAAAAGAACUGGGAAUGGCAAAACUACUGUCGGUUGAUGUGUCCUGAAAAUUAUUGGAGUUAUGGCAGAAGUGCUUUUUUUGAUCAACUGGUUUGUGUUUUGCUGCUGCAUUUAUCCCAAGAAAAACAGCUUUAAUCUCCAGAAGAAAACCAAAAUGCCAUGGGAUUUAUGCUGUAUCUUGCCCUAAAACAUACAACAUCAUAGUAAUUUGUCAUGGGCAACAUGACCAGAGAGAAGAUUUUUGUCAUGAUUUUAAAUACACUGACAUGCUACUGUUGGUUAAAUUUAAACAUGUUUUACCUGCAGAAAUUCUCUCACAAAUAACCUGCAAUAACUUGAAAUGCAUACCCUUUUGAACACUUCCUUUUCUCAUGUAUAAAUUAAAACGUUUGCUGCAUUUUGCAAAAUGUCAAUUCUCCAAAAAUGUGUCCGUAUAUUUCUGUACCUGCAGUGUAGUAAAGGUUUAGAUGAAACCCCAUAAUUAUAGUGGCAUACUGUCACUUAGGUUUCAAGCAGCAAAAUAAACAGUGCAGCUCAGAAAUUGUA